UUCAAUGCGAUCGUCUCCUACCCUGAUCACAGUAGGCAGUGUAGAUUAAUCCAAUUUCAAUGCUUAUCAAACCAUAAAAAGAUUUACAGAGUGACCAUUUUAAGCAAAAUGGAAAACAAAGUGCUUGGUUACGUGGAUUACAUCGUUUUCGGACUUUCUUUGGUAAUAUCGCUGUUGAUUGGGAUAUAUUACUCCCGUUCUGGCGGGAAACAACGCUCCGUAGAAGAAUAUUUGAUGGGAAAUCGGCGAAUCACGUGCCUUCCGGUUGCGCUAUCACUUCUCGUGACAUUUCAGUCGGGCAUAAGUCUGUUAGGACUUCCGGUUGAGAUUUACUAUUAUGGAACUCAGAUCUACAUGGGCGUUAUCGGUCUUGUGAUUGGGUACACUAUCGUCGCUGCAUUCAUCGUACCAGUUCUUUAUCCCUUACAAAUAACAAGUGUAUAUGAGUACCUGGAGAUGAGGUUUCAGUCGAGGUCCGUCCGAUUAGUUGGCUGUGUUUUGGGACUUCUAUUUACGAUGACCUACAUGGCAGUCUGCCUGUUUCUUCCAGGCCUUGCCAUGGAGUCUGUGACUGGUUUUCCUAAGUGGGCUUCCAUAGCGGUGGUAGCGGUGGUUGUGGUUAUCUACACAAUGAUGGGCGGGAUAAAAGCCGUCGUCUGGACGGACGUGUUCCAGUUUGUUGUCAUGUUGACUGGCAUUCUUACACUCAUCAUUAAGAUUUGUUCUGUGCACGGCUUUCAAGAAGUAUGGAACACAGCUAGCGAUGGAGGAAGGCUGCAGUUCUUCAAUUUAGAUUCAGAUCCUACAAGCAGACAGACAUUUUGGGCUGUUACCAUAGGAACGAUCACGUCAUGGAUAGGGAACGCUCUGAGCCAAUCAGGGAUCCAAAGAAUAUGUGCUACGGAGUCCAUAGCGGAAGCAAGAAAGUCAGUCAUUUUUAAUUUGCCAGCGGCUGUUUUGUACGAGACCUUGAUGACAUUUCUUGGUGUGGCAAUAUUUGCCUACUAUGCUAUGGCUGGUUGUGAUCUCAAGGAAGCAGGGCUUAUUCAAAGUUCUAAUGAGAUUGUUCCGUAUUUUAUGAUGGAACAACUGUCGGAAAUCCCCGGGUUAUCCGGUCUUUUUUUGGCGUGCCUCUUCAGUGCUACCCUGAGUACCAUGUCGUCGGGACUAAGUGCGAUCUCUGCCUUGGUUUGGGAGGACCUGAUACAGCCCUAUUUCCAGUGUUUCUCUCUCAGACAGGGCUCAUUCGUCACCAAAACAACUGUUCCCGUAUUUGCGGUUAUUAUCGUCGGAAUGUCAUUUCUUGCUAUGAAUUUGCCUGGAACAAUAACUCAGAUUACCCUGGGAACACUAUCAGCUACAUCCGGGCCUUUAGUAGGGGUUUAUCUCUUAGGGAUGGCCUUUCCCUGGGCAACGGCAAAGUCAGCAGUUAUAUCCGGGACCCUCGCCUUCUCCCUGUGUUUGACCAUGACGAUAGGGUCUAACCUUUACCCCACUGACUACCCCAGACUCAAACCUGUUCCUACAUAUGGCUGUCCGGGAACCAACCACUCGCUCCUAGAAUCGACUGAGAGCAAUGCCACGGUUAAUCCAGCCAUUACAGCGUUGACUGGGCGCUUUGAUUACAUACUAACUAAUUACAGCAAGCUUCCUCCAAUGGCGGAGAACAGGACAGCCGCGGCUCCAUUGGAAGUUCAAAGCAAAGAUGAUGGCACGCCUUGGCUGUUCCGGGUAUCCUUUCUAUGGUAUCACGUGACUGGUGUUCUAACCACUUUGGUUUUGGGAAUUGUUUUAUCGGUUCUUUCAGGAGGACUCUCUGACGUACCCUGUGAAGAAAGAUUCGUCUUCCCUUUCGUUCGCAGACUUCGCUGUUACCGGAAGCGACUGAAAAUCAAGCGGCCAUUGGCUAACUAUACCGAGUUCAGAGCCUCCUUUCGUUCCAAAAUGGAGGAAGAAACUCGCGCGUCUUUUCGGUCGCAAACAAAGUAUGCCCCGGGGAACCAAUCAAUGAGCAGGACAGGGAAACCUAAGGGUUCGGGAUAGGGUAAAAAGUACUCACCCUCUGGCGUCAGGGAGAGGGCCUCCUUCAGCACAACUGUGGAAUAAGACAGUGACAUUAGAGUCAAACAAAUAAUAGGUCGGCCAUCUUAUAAGAAUAGUGUUUUAACGUAUGUGAAUUUGAAGAAAGCAAAUAAAAAGCGAAACACAUUUUACAAAACACA